GAUACUCUAGUGAAUGGAACUUUGCGAAAUUUGCGGGUCUUGAGCAGAUGUGUUAUUCGAUGUGUUAAAAUAAACACAUUAGUUAACACCGCACAACUGGCGUCCAACAGCGAGUCUGUGACAGCUAUUAACACCAAAACCGCGUUUCGUUUUAAAUACUCAUAUUUGUGUUUUGUGAGACUUAUUCAGUCGCCGAAUUGAGAAGUACAGAUAUCUGGAAAACUAGUAUUGGCAUAAACAAAAAAACUUUGGAUACUAGUGACAUGCACCAUCUUAGGAUAUAGGAAAAUACAUCCAAAUGCUUUGUUUUUCUAAUAUCACAAUACCAAUUUCAUGUACGAUGAUCGGAGCAGAAAAAGUGGCCGUGACAUGUGGUGUCGAGAGAAAGAGGCCGUUCGUGUCCUGCAUCAGACUGAAUGGAGUCCCCAUUCUUCCACCACUACUGGACAAAAGCACCAAAACAAUGGCAGUGGAAGCAAAGAACAGGGCAUUGCAGUUGGAAAUGCAGCUGGGGUGGACUGAUGGCUACCGAGAACAAAAGUGUGCCGAAAAGUUGGCAGAGAAAAGGAGAGAAUAUGCGGUUAGCUUGUCAGUUCAGAAUGGUACGCGCGACAGAGGUCCCAGAGAUGCGAACGAGGUUUUCCCGCAGUGUACUUGUGGUGGAAAAGGACGACAUCACAUCUCGAGGAGCUUUACCUCCGCACCGUGUCUGACGGACGGGUCACCGAAUGCCGUGCCGUGGAAGUCGCAGACGGGCAGCUCUUCUGCCAGAAGGUCGACGAUCCUUCCUUUCUCUCAGUCUACGGGGUCGACAAAAGUUUUGAGAAAGUGCAGUUCUGCAGAAUACCUGCCAGUGAAACGGCAGAGCGAAAAUAAGUCGGAUUCGGAGUGCACCCUCUGUAGGUGCGUCAGAGAACCCGAUCGAGCUGUCGUAUCUAGCAGCCGGUCAUUUUCCUCGGAGCAGCAGAGAGCCAGAAAUUCCAAAGUCAGUUUGCCAGCUAAGGUUCGUGACAGAAACGGGCCACAGAUCACAUACAUGAAAGGCGGGGGUGUCGCAUCUGCCGAGUCCGAGCUCUCUCUCGUGUCGGCGUCGCCCCAGAAGAACGACCCGAGUGACAAUUCUGCUUCCGACUCCACGUGGGCAGUGAGCGUCUACAGACAGCUGUUCCCCCUGGAGAACGAGGACAGGAACUUCGACUCCGACUCGUCAGACGAGGUCGACGGGAGGCAGCCGCCGGGGACUGGGGGCUCGGGAGGCGGCUCGCACAGCGCGUCGUCGGACUACGUUACGGCACGGGAGAGCGGCGCGGUGCUGCUGGACAUCCCGCCCAACCCCGGUGCCGACGACGACCGGAGCGGCGGCUACCGGCUCGUUCGCCAGGGCUCGUACGUCCUGGAUAAGCCCAGCGAGGCACUGUUGGACCACCUGAAGAAACAGAGCACGGGCGAAACUGGGCUUCAUCGGCCUGUCAGACCUAUGAAAGAAUCAUCAGUCCAGACAGAAAUAGUUGAGCUCGAGCUGCCGGACAUCGAAGACGACACCGUGGACCUGGUGUCGAGUUCGAAGGUGUCGGAGCUGCGGGAGAAGCUGAGGAAGAGGUUCGACGCGGCGAUGGAGGCGCUGCUGGUGAGGCAGCGGGCUGAACAGGAGGCGCUGGCCAGGUCGUUCCUGCAGGUGCAGCAGUCGGCACGGCUGCAGAUGAAAGCGUCGGCAGUUAUAAAUGCUGCCGCGAGGGGCUACCUCGUCCGGAGGCUGAUGAAGACGAAGCACGUGCAGGACCUGAUAGAGACCAUGGAGGAGAGUUUGAAAUGCAUCUUUGAGUUGAAAGGAGAGUCACUGAGGCCACUCCGUGCCGACCAGGAGCUGUACGAUCGGCUCUUGCAGCAGCUGACUGCUGCAUGCAGUACAUUUUACGAAACAUUUUUCGAUAUUUCUACUGGAGAGAGGAUGAAGAUUAUUGCAGCUGACAGGGAGAGGUUGAAAUAUCUCCAGCUAAAGGCAGCCUCUCUUGGUCUGCACAGCAUACGGCCUGCCACACGAUAGCAGCGGAAGGCGUGACGUACCACAUUGAGGUAUUGUCACGUGGAUUGUUUUAGCAGAAGAAGCGUGCCUGCACUGAAGAAUAUCACUGUAGAGUAGCCAAUUGCAACACGAGGUGUACUACUAUUGAAAAAUUUGCCGUUCUGUUGGCUGUGCUGUUUCUGUGCCUUUUUGAACUCAGAUACCACUUUAGACUCGCUAUAUAUAUGAAAUUACACACCUUCCAUAUUGUCUGCACAAAUACUAAAUGAGAUAUCAACAAAACACUUCAGCUCCACACCACACUCGAUUGCUCUCUCCUGAGUGACAAGCUGUACAUUUUUUUGUACAACCAGCAUUUAUUUCACAAGAAUAGGUUACCAAAUAGUUCCUCACCUUUCAAAAAUAAUUGUAUCUAGUCCAGUACUGACGUGCACAUUAAUUACGCAUUUAACUGCACGGUCGUUGCAUUUUUGCUAAAUACUUACUGUCGUUUGUCACUGCAGUCGGUGGUAAUAUUUAAUGAGUGCCUUCAUUAUAUAAGUUUUGUGCCUGUUUGUCACAUAGUGAGACUGAACUGUGGCCUGCAUGAGUAGAUAGGUGAAAAAAAAGAAAAAAUGCAUUAGUUUUGUGUUUGUUUUAGGAGGGAAAAGGAAGAUGAGCAUCACCCUUUUAGAGGCUAAAUAUGAUGGAGUAAAUGGCUAUAAACGGGGACACAAGCUCGAAAAGACUGAACUACAGCUUAUGUAAUCCAAAGAUAAUUAAUAAUUCUUACUAUACAAAGAAUUAUUUUCAUUGAAGCUUGCCACUGUUUUUCUGUGCGUUUGUAACUGUGUAAGUUGAAUUAACUGUACUUAAUU